AUGAAUAGCCUCCAAGGCGCCAAGCACACCACGGGAAGGAAACGCAAGGGCGGCAGGCCCAAGAAAAAGAAGCACAAGCGCAAGGCGCAACCACCAGGCGAGGCACCUGCAAUUGAGGGCAUCCUGCAACGGUGGCCGCAAGUCGGCCCAUCGGCUAAGGCUAAGGCCGCCGCCGCCGCGAAGGCGGUCAUGAAGAAGCCAGCGAAGCAGACGGCGAAGAAACCCGCAGGCGCGGCAGAGGCAGCGGCGGCGGCACCGCCAGAUGCAGCGAUCGCCGUCCACGAUGGCAACCAGGACGAGGAGGACGAGGAAGAAGCGCAGGACGAGGAGGGCGCAGAGGAGGAGGGCGAGGAGGAGGACGCGCCCGAGGAGCACGAGGAAGGGCCCGAGGAGGAGGAAGCGCCCGAGGAGGCUGACGCGGCAGGUGCAGCGCCCCCUGGCUACGGCCCGCUGAGCCACUACCCGUGGCCCCCGUCGGACGAGUACGGCACGCUCGCGCACUGCGAGGACACGUCGGGCCAGUCGAUGAGUGUGAGAAUCGUCCGCAGGAAGAGCGAGUCCAUCAGCACGAUCAAGUACAAGAACGAGUUCACGCAGUGGAAGUGGCAGCAGAUGCUUCAAGUGCCAGAUAGUUCGGUUCAGGAGUGGCAGAUCAAGCAGCUAGCACUGGACGACGUGGUGACGACGACAAUGGCCUCCGAGACGAUCAUCAAGCACAUCUUCAAUCGGAUUGUCGCGACCCGCGCCGCUGACAAGCACGCGGCCAUGCACAUCAAAAAGGAGGCGUACAUCGAGCUGGGCAUCAGCGAGCAGGUGCAGCAGGUGCACCUGGGCUCGCAGGUGAUGGCCCCCAAGGGCAAAGCAAAGAUGACCCCCGCCCAGAAGAAGCAACGGGCGAAAGAGCGCCGCGACAACCCUGACAUCAGGGCACACGAGAACGAGAUGCAGAGGCUGAGGACCCAGAUGAAGGCCAGCAAGGCCGCUGUGCGCAAAGAGUUCAAGGGCCUCUACGGGCCUGCGAGGAAGGAGUUCGUCAAGGUGUGGCGCGAGACAGGGAACUUCAACCACGCGCAGUGCAACAAGAUCGAGCGCACUGACAAAGAAACGAGAGACCAGUGGACUUCCGUGUGGAGGAACUUCGAUCAGCUCUUGACGGAUUUCGGUUGGGAGCCCAGCAUCGCGGACACCGACUACGGGAAAAGGGCGUAUGCGCGGGCCGAAGCCGUGCGCGACAACUGCAAGAAAAUGAAACGGACUCACGUGAAGGUGGACCCCCAGACUGGCGAUGAGAUCUAUCGGCGCCUGACCGAGACGAACGCGGACACCCAGGCCAAGCUCAAGAGGAUUGAGACGUCCAUCAGCAAGGACAAGGCCAUCCCUGCUGGUACCAAGACGCAGGUGGCCGCUGCCAAAGCCGAGCCCAUGUCGGAGACGGACCUCGAGGGCAGCGAGUACAGCUACUCCCCAUCGAGCGAGGAGGAGGACCCCGCUGGAACUGCGUCAACGCAGGCUGGCACCGCCUCCGCGUCGACGAGCGGGGUCGAUCCCGUGCUCUCGAAGGCCCUUGCCGAUUCGUUGCACAUCUGGACCUUGUUCGAUGGGCUCUGCGUCAAGGAGAACACCUGGUUGAAGCCGUGGGAGGCGAAGAUCCAGGAGACUAAAGCGAACCUCGUUGCGAUCAAAGAGAACAUCACGAAGACUAUUCAGGGGAAGUGUGACAAGAAGGAUACCGCGAAGGCCGAGCAGGUGAAUCGGGAGAUCCAGCAGGCUACGCACCUGUGGAACAGCCUCGCCGAGGUGAAAGCCACCAUGGAGAAUGCCCUGGGGUCCAGCGGCCUCGCGUGAGGUUUCGUUCAGGGCGGCCAGCAGGGCCAUUGCUGCUGGAGGGUGGAGGUGAGCGAGAUUUCGAUGCCGCGCGGGCUUGGAGUCGAACCCAGGAUCUUGAUGCAG